AUGACGAGACGUGAGCUCGACGUGAUCCCAGUGAACCGUCCCAGUGAUUCUGAUUGGGAGCCCAUACUGCCAAGGUGCAAAUCCCCCACUGAAGCUGGUCCAUCCAGCCGGACCCCUGCUGUCUCCGGCACCACACCUACCCCCACCCGGCCAUCAAGAGGUGUGAAGCCGGUGACAAAGAAGCGGAGGAAGGGAAGUGUGGAACCUGCUGGCAGUGCGGAGGAGGGUCGUUGGCACUCUGUGCUGGAGGAGGAUGUGGCCCCACCACCUCUCAGACCAAAGAGGCCACCAGGUCCUCAGCUGGACAUGACCUCUAAGUACAGCCCCAUACAACUUUUUCAGUUGUUUUUCACCCCAGGAGUUGUUGAUUCCCUGGUGUUGAACACUAAUAGGAACGGAGCUAAGAGGCAGGAAGCCAAGAAAGAGGCAUGGAAGCCCAUUUCCAUGUCAGAUCUUUUUUGUUACUUUUCUAUGGUCAUUUACAUGGGUCUUGUAAAGCUAAAAACCCUGAAGGACUACUGGAAAUCUGCACCCCUCUAUCAACUGCCUUUUCCCUCCACAGUCAUGUCAUGCAAAAGGUUUCUGACAAUUUCACGGGCACUUCAUAUCAGUGACCCAGAAGUUGAUAAGGACAAUGAGACGAAACGAGGCACGGCGAGGUUUGAUAAGCUCUGCAAAAUUAAACCUCUCUACCUCGACAUCAUUGAGGCCUGCAAUACUUAUUUUCAGCCUGCCCAGAACCUUUCCAUAGAUGAGAGGAUGGUAGCCUCAAAGGCCAGAAAUGGCCUAAAACACUACAUGCGUAACAAACCAACUAAAUGGGGUUACAAGCUGUUUGUUUUGGCUGAUUCUGCGUGUGCAUACACGUGCAAUUUUUUUGUCUAUGAGGGUAAGAACAGUUGUGCGACCGGGAAGGGACUUAGCUAUGACUCCGUUAUGCAGUUAUUAGAUUUGCAGCUGCUAGGGAAGGGCUACAAACUGUUUGUGGAUAACUUCUACACAAGCCCUACCCUGUUCACAGACCUGAGGAAGCGGGAUGUGUGGGCUUGUGGCACCAUUCGGUCCAACAGAGUGGGCUUUCCGAAAACCAGGGUAAAUGACAUGCCUAAGCAGGCUGAGCGGGGUACCAUGAGAUGGAUCCGAGAAGAUGGCCUGCUGUUUGUGAAGUGGAUGGACACCAGAGAGGUGGCGAUGUGCUCCACUAUCCACAAGUCCUUCAGUGGUGAUCACGUCGUCAGGCGUGUGAAGGAUGCUACUGGGGCAUGGACCACCAAAAAUGUCCCCAUUCCAACUGCAGUAAAGGACUACAAUAAGAACAUGGGAGGUGUCGACCUGUCGGAUGCGCUGAUAGGAUACUAUAAUGUUCUCCACAAAACCAUGAAAUGGUACAAGACAUUGUUUUACCAUUUCAUUGACAUUGCUGUGGUGAAUUCCUUCAUCCUCCAGAAGGAAAUGGCCAGGAGCUGUGGACAGCCCCCCAUCUCACAGCUAGCCUUCAGAGAGCUGCUCAUCCAGGAGCUUGCUAGCUACAGCAAGACCACUGCAGGAAUGAGUGCAAAAGGGGCUUAG